CCGCCAGAGGCUGCUGUUAUUGCUGUACGUUGCAGCAGGAGGACCAAGGGGCAGGCAGCCUGCCUAGGGAGACCCGCCCGGCUCCCCCCUCAAGCUAGUCCGGCGAGAAGGUCCUGCUGCUGCUCUAGCUGCCGCCGCCGCUGCUACACGCCGGGCUCUUCCGAGCGCCCCACGCUUGUAACCGGGACCUAGGAAGCGGCCCACGUAGGGAAAGAAAGAAAAGCUUGAAAUUAAGAAGAAGAUUGAUCUGGGAAAGAACAUUGCAUUAUAAUGGAGGCAACUCAAAGGCAUGACAUCAACAAAUUGAGAGGAUGGGUGACACUGCUAUGACUUCAAGGAGAAAGAUAGAAAGGCAACUCAGAUGCAACAUGAAGUUAGCGUUUCCUUUGCAUACCACAUGUUGAUAUUUGUACCAGGCGACUUGAAGCUGUUCUGCACCACCCUGCAAAACUGGUUUCUGCUGUGCUUUAGACAGGAUGAGCAAGCCAAAGAGGGGCUUCCUGUUCUGCAAAAAAAGUGAUAACUGUCCUGUUCAAAGCGAAUUUUAAGACUACAUGCAAGUGUUCUGACGAAAUGAAAGAAGUUGUGCACUGGUCACCUAAGGAGGUGGCAGAUUGGUUGCUGGAGAAUGCUGUGCCAGAAUACUGUGAACCAUUGGAACAUUUCACUGGGCAGGACUUGAUCAAUCUAAUGAAGGAGGAUUUUGAGAAGCCCCCUUUGUCGCGUGUGUCUUCAGACAAUGGUCAACGACUGCUGUACAUGAUAGAGACUUUAAAAAUGGAGCACCACAUCGAGGCACACAAAAAUGGGCAUGCCAACGGCCACUUGAUCAUCAGUACGGAGGCCCCUACCAGUGAAAAUGGUUUCAGCAACAAAACAAAACCGAACGGGAUGCCAAAUGGCUUCAGGAAGGAAAUGAUACAAAUCCCCAUGCCAGAGCCAGAACGAUCCCAGUAUCCCAUGGAAUGGGGGAAGACGCUUCUGUCUUUCCUUUAUGCGCUUUGUUGUUUCAUCUUGACAACAGUGACAAUCUCAGUUGUCCAUGAAAGAGUGCCUCCUAAGGAGGUGGAGCCACCCCUACCAGAUGCUUUUUUUGAUCAUUUUAGCCGGGUGCAAUGGGCCUUUCGUAUCUGUGAAAUUAAUGGUUUGAUCCUUGUAGGACUCUGGUUCAUUCAGUGGCUGCUCUUAAAAUACAAGUCUAUUAUUGGCAGAAGAUUUUUUUGUAUAGUUGGCACACUGUACUUGUAUCGGUGUAUUACAAUGUAUGUAACUACACUUCCAGUACCUGGCAUGCAUUUCAACUGCUCUCCAAAGCUCUUUGGAGACUGGGAAUCGCACAUGAGGAGGAUAAUGAAGCUGCUUGCUGGAGGCGGGCUCUCUAUCACAGGAGCACAUGAUAUGUGUGGUGACUAUCUGUACAGUGGUCACACUGUUAUGUUAACGCUUUCGUACUUAUUUAUCAAAGAGUAUUCCCCUCGGCGACUCUGGUGGUAUCAUUGGAUUUGCUGGGCUCUCAGCAUAGUUGGGAUGUUCUGUAUUCUCUUGGCUCAUGACCACUAUACUGUGGAUGUGUUGGUGGCUUACUACAUCACUACAAGACUUUUCUGGUGGUAUCACACGAUGGCCAAUCAGCAAGUGCUAAAAGAAGCUUCCCAGACUAAUCUUCUUGCACGAGUAUGGUGGUACAGGCCCUUCCAGUACUUUGAAAAGAAUGUCCGGGGCAUUGUACCACGUUCCUAUCAUUGGCCGUUUUCCUGGCAAGCGCUGCAUCUGGGUAGACAACUUAAAUACAGCAGAUUUGUGAAUGACACAUAACAGCUACAAAAAGGAAAUGGCAAGAGAACUGUCCAAAAGUGCUAAGGACUCCCCAAGAUGAGAUGCCAUACAAAUUGAACUGUUCCCUUUCCUCUACCUUUUAACUGUUACCUUGACUUAAAUCUAUUCUCUUACCUGAUUAGCACUGUGAUAUCUUUCUCUCUCCAAAGGAUGUGCGAUGGACAACAAUAAAGAAAUGGCAAAUUAUCAUGCACUGUACACAUUUCUUGUUAAUAGAGUUUGGAUUUGCAUUGCUCAUCACCAUGUUUCUUUGUAUAUGAUGCAGCAGCAUAAACAAAAAAGGCUUUUAUAUCAUAAGUUCUGGUCUUUCCAGUCUCGUCUGGGAAUAAAGCAUAUUAUUUUCUUGGGAAAACAUAAUUUUCAUAUCUCUUGCCCCAAAGAUUGGGCUGUAAGCCAUUUUCUAGCAAAUGUCUAUAUGAAGGUUUCUAAAUACCUGACUGGGAUAAUAUACAGGAAUCUUUCUACCUGUUUCACUGAAUCUACAAAUGAUAGACACAGAAAGGUUUGGUAAACUUUGAUUUUGUAAAUCUGCAGUGACAGUGUCAAAAGGUGCAAAAAAAUUAUUCUGUUGUAAAGUGAUUUUCUAAGUAUUUCCUAACUUUAUUUUUCAAAAUGAUAUGCGUAAAAAUAAAAUCUAAACAGAUUUUUACAGAGAAAAGAGUUAAAAUAAUAAAUGCUUCUUGGGAGAGAGAUUUGUCUGUUUCUAGUGCCUUUCUUGUCUUGAUAGUAUGGUCAGUAGGCAGUCUUUAAAAGUUUUUAUUUAAAAUAAAGUAUUCCAUGAAACCAAGAUUAUAUGUAUUGUACACAUUACUACAUUUUGAUUUUGUAUCUAAAUUAAACUGGAAAUCUGCUUGCAAUGUUGAGAUGACUGAGUUAGUGGGAAAACCAUAUAUGAUAAUUAAGUCUUCACACAUUGUGGGCAGGUUAGAAUGAAAUGUGCUUCUUAAAUUAUUUUAUUGUCUACUCCAUACAUGGAUUUUAACUAUAGCAAGAAACCAGCCAUGAAUUCCUUUUUAUAAGAUUUUUUUUAAUGAUCAGCAAAUCAAAAAUCAAACUAUAAACAAUGUCUCGUCCCUGAAUGAAAAUAUUGUUGAAAAACAAUUGAUUUCUUUAAAACAGAAUUGUGCAGAAACUGCAUGUAACUCUAAAAUUAAAAUCCUGCCAUACAUAUUGUGUUUGGGGGGAAGUAUUCUAUCCUAUACUUGCCAAUGUGCAGAACAAAAUAGUUUUUUAAGAAUGAAGAAGCAUAUAUAUAUCUAUAUAUCUAUAAAUAUAUAUAUUCAUUCUGUAUUUUACGUGAAGCAGAGUUAUCUUCGUAGGGUUUUUUGUGUGUUCAACAAGGUGAAAUUUGUAUUGUAAAACAAUAAUGGUGAAGGAAAAUAAAA